GAGUCCCACACGUACUCUCACACCCAUUAUACUAUACGCUUCACCACUGCCAUACACCCACUCCUUCUUCUUCUUCUUCUCCUCCUUCUUCUUCUUAAAUUCAUUUUUUCUCUCAACCCCCACUUCUCCUUCUCUCUGUUUCAAUUCUCUGUUCUUAUUUAUUCUUCUUCUUCUUCUUCUUAUUGUUGGUGAUUUGCAUGAGUUCGGACCAUUCUCUUCCGACUCCGCAAAGAAUGAAAUACAUUAGAAGCAACAGCUUCAGACGCCUCUUCUCUCUCAAACGACGCACUUUAGGAGACGAAUCCUCGAACCCAGAUGUCUCUGAGAACAGAGAUUGCAUUGUUCCUCAGCAUUCUCGAAGACCCUUUUGGAAAUGCUUCUCUUAUGAAGAGAUUUUUGAAGCCACCGAUGGAUUGAGCUCAGAUAACUUGGUCGGAAAAGGGGGCUAUGCAGAGGUUUAUAGAGGGAUUUUAAGCGACGGUGAAGAAAUUGCAGUGAAAAGACUCACGAAAACCUCCAUUGACGAGAGGAAAGAGAAGGAGUUUCUUACUGAAAUUGGAACCAUAGGACAUGUCCAACACACAAAUGUUCUGUCUCUUUUAGGUUGCUGCAUUGACAAUGGCCUUUAUCUCAUUUUCCGCUUCUCCUCCAGAGGCUCUGUGGCUUCUCUUCUCCAUGAUGAUAAUUUGAGUCCAAUUGAUUGGAAAACAAGGUACAAGAUAGCGAUUGGGACAGCCAGAGGCCUUCAUUACUUGCACAAGGAUUGCCAGAGGAGGAUUAUUCAUAGAGACAUUAAGUCUUCAAAUAUUCUUUUAACAGCAGAUUUUGAACCUCUGAUUUCAGACUUUGGGUUGGCUAAAUGGCUUCCAACCCAGUGGUCUCAUCAUUCAAUUGCUCCUAUUGAAGGAACCUUUGGGCACUUGGCUCCAGAAUACUAUAUGCAUGGGAUUGUAGAUGAGAAAACAGAUGUUUUUGCUUUUGGAGUGUUUCUUUUAGAAGUAAUCUCUGGAAGAAAGCCUGUUGAUGGAUCUCACCAAAGCUUACACAGCUGGGCCAAACCGAUAUUGAAUCGAGCAGAGUAUGAAAAGCUGGUAGAUCCACGACUUGGGGGCGCCUACGACGUUACGCAGCUGAAAAGAUUUUCCCUUGCAGCUUCUCUAUGCAUUCGAGAAUCUUCGUUGUGGCGACCCACCAUGACCGAGGUACUCGACAUCAUGGAGGAUCGGUAUGUCGAUACCGAGAGGUGGAAAAUGCCAGAGGUAGAAGUAGAAGAGAAGGAUGAUUUCUGGGGCUUUGAAGAGUUGGAAUAUGAAUGGGACAGCUCCUUCUCCAUCCAGUCCCCAUAAUAAUUCAAUGUAGGGCAGAAUUGAAGAGCCUUCAGAGCUUCAAGUUUGAUUAAACAAUGUCCAAACCACACAAUAGAGACAGUAAACUGUGUACAUAUUCAGGUAGAUUGAACUGAUAAUAAUGCAAAUCUUCUGUAAAAUCAAAAAAACAAAAGAUGAUCCCCUGCACCAUAUUCUGAAUUUAGAAAUGGCUAAUUUUGACGAAU